GCAUACUCGACGCAGGCCGAGUCAGGCCGAGGCUCCAGAGUCGUCCAGGAGUUUUCGACUCGAACCAGUCCCUUCGAAAACCACCCCGAAGUCCAUCGUCGUCGUCGUCGUCGUCGUCGUCGUCGUCGUCAUCGUCGUCGUCGUCGUCGUCGUCGUCGUCAUAAUCGUCAUACUCGUCGUCGUCGUCGUCGUCGUCGUCGUCAUCGUCGUUUCUCGAAUCGUCAGCUCGAUAUCGUGCCACGAUUUCCUCCAAAGAAAUCCUUUUCGAAUUUCAUCGAUCGAAUAUAACAAUUUAAAAAAGGACGGCCAAUUGACGGAGGAUACGUAAGGGACUGAAGCGAGGGACACAAGCAGAGACAUGGACAAUGUGCAAAUGAUCGGCACUAAAAUCACAGCAAUCAAGGAAUACUUAUAUAAUUUUGCAAGGACGCACUCACCCACAAGACUAAUGAGUAACGAAAAUACCUACUCCCUCUCCAGGGAAUACUGUAACCUCAAAUACUCGGACAUCCUGCCUCACAAUGCCGAAAGUUAUCCAGCGACGAAAGAGUUCUUGAUGAAGGUCGUGGACAUCCUAUUGGAUUACAUCAAAGCAACGAACGAUCGAAACGCUAAGGUCCUAGAUUUUCGUCAUCCAUCGGAAAUGAUUCGUUUGCUUGAUCUUGAGAUACCCGACACUGGUCUGACUUUGCAACAACUACUGAUCGACUGUUCGACGACAUUAAAGUAUCAAGUGAGAACGGGACAUCCACAUUUCUUCAACCAACUGUCCUGCGGUCUUGACUUGGUGUCGAUGGCCGGCGAAUGGUUGACGGCGACGGCGAAUACAAACAUGUUCACUUACGAGAUCGCCCCGGUUUUCAUAUUAAUGGAAAAUGUUGUUCUACAAAAGAUGAGAGAAUUGAUCGGUUGGAAUUGCGGCGAUUCGAUCCUAGCACCAGGUGGAUCCAUCAGCAAUUUAUAUGCGUUCCUAGCAGCGAGACAUAAAAUGUUUCCCUCGUAUAAAGAACGUGGUCUUUCUUCGAUAGGAGGUCAACUCGUUAUGUUUACGUCCGAUCAGUGCCAUUAUUCCGUGAAAUCGUGCGCUGCUGUUUGCGGUUUGGGUACCGAUAAUUGCGUUAUGGUACCAAGCGACGAACGUGGUCGAAUAAUACCAUCGAAAUUGGAGGAACUUAUCCUAGAACGCAAGGCUAAAGGUCAUAUACCAUUCUUCGUAAAUGCAACAGCAGGGACGACCGUGAUCGGUGCAUUCGAUUCAAUUCCAGAAAUAGCUGAUAUUUGCAAGAAAUACAAGCUUUGGCUUCACAUAGAUGCAGCUUGGGGCGGCGGUUUACUUCUAUCUCGAAAGUAUAGACAUCCAAGAUUGACUGGCAUCGAACGGGCCGACUCGGUAACGUGGAAUCCGCACAAAUUGAUGGGAACUUUACUUCAAUGUUCGACCAUACACUUCAAGCAGGAUGGUCUAUUAAUUAGCUGUAAUCAAAUGUCAGCGGAAUACUUGUUCAUGACUGAUAAACUCUAUGAUGUACAAUAUGAUACCGGCGACAAAGUUAUUCAAUGCGGUCGUCACAAUGACAUUUUCAAACUCUGGCUACAAUGGCGAGCUAAAGGUACGGAAGGUUUUGAAAAACACAUGGACAGGUUAAUGGAACUAACAGAAUACAUGGUCAGACGAAUCAAACAAAUGCCAGACAGAUACUACUUGAUUCUCGAGCCUGAAAUGGUGAACGUAUGUUUCUGGUAUUUGCCAACGCGCGUUAGAAAUAUGCCGCAUGGACCGGAAAGAGAAAAGAUUUUGGGAGAAAUCUGCCCGAUCCUGAAAGGUCGUAUGAUGCAAGCUGGUACAUUGAUGGUUGGUUAUCAACCCGAUGAUAGGAGACCCAACUUCUUUAGAAAUAUCAUUUCGAGUGCCGCAGUGACAGAAGCUGACGUUGAUUUCCUAUUGGCUGAGAUGGAUCGACUGGGUCAUGAUCUCUAAGCUACUUGCCUAGAAUAAAAUCGAUCGAUCGAUCUUUCUCAUUUAUCUAUUCAUUCUAUCGAUACGAAUAAAACCGCGCGAGCGACGAUUGAUCUAAAUCGUUCAUUAUCGAGGAAACUAAAUUGACGAAUGAUGUUUAUCUAGACGUGUACAAAACUCGCGCGGUCAAAACUCAGAUUUGCAUAAUUCAUGGAAUAUUAUUGGUAAGAAACAUAUGUUAAUACGGACGGAUGCAUGCGGCCUUAUUUUAUUCUAUUCUUUUCUUUUUUAUUUUUAUAGAAUAAUCAGCUAAAUUAUGAUCACUUUCGAUCGUUUUUAAAAAUCUAAUUUUAGUAUCAUUUUUGGCAAAAAAAAAUUC